AAAUAAAUUAUUUAAGAUUGGAUGUGUUAUGAGUUAUCCAAGAAGCAAAAGAAAAAGAAAAAAUGACAUUAAAGAAUCUCCAAGUGUAGGUUGCUACGUCGCCGACGUGUACCCUUCAUGCCAACGGAGCAGCAACCGCUUAACCACCGCGCGCCACCGCAAACUUUAUUUUUCCCACCGCCGAAACUCCAUUAUCAAAUAAACCUAUAUAUUGUUUUGUCCGUUUCAACGUGCAAAGACAAAAAUUACUGAAUUUCAAUCAAUCUACUUUCUGUUUCAACAAAUCAUGAGUCAAGGACAGCCGCAGAGGUCGCCGGAGCCCGUCAAAUACGGCGACGUCUUCAACGUCUCCGGCCAACUCGCUUCGCAGCCCAUCACCCCACAAGAUGCCGCCACAUUGCAGGCGGCCGAGACUGCCGUCUACGGCAAGACCAUCAAGGGUGGUCCCGCCGCGGUCUUGCAAUCAGCCGCAGACUUCAACGAGCGGUGCGGCGUGGUUGGCCACGACGACAUGACCGGCGCCGUCAGAGACCGCGGCGCCACUGUUGCCGAAGCUGAUGUCGGCGGCUACCGUAUCGUUACCGAAGCUGUUGGUGGACAAGUGUUGGGGCAAUACGGUGUGCCGUUGGAGAUGGAAACUGAUCACUCUAAAUCUACGGUGGCGUCGGGAGAUGAUGACGCAGUCACCAUCGGAGAGGCGCUGGAGGCAACAGCCCUCUCCGCCGGAAACAAGCCGGUUGAUAAGAGUGAUGUUGCCGCGAUACAGGCGGCGGAGGUUCGCGCCACCGGGCUCGGCCACGUCGUGGCCGGCGGCGUCGGAGCGGAAGCCCAAUCUGCGGCCGCACACAACAUGCAGACCACGAGGGAUGAGGAGAAGACCACGCUCGCCGACGUUUUAACCGAUGCGAGCGACAAACUGAUUGGGGAUAAGGCGGUGACGAGCUCAGAUGCGGAGAGGGUGAUAUAUGCGGAGCUGAGGAACAAGGAUGAUCCAUCCACGAACCCCGGCGGCGUCGCAGCGGUCGUAGCAGCGGCGGCGAGGCUUAAUCAGAAGUGAUGUCAGUUUUCAGCGGAAGUGAAGGUUGUAAUGGUGAUACUGAACUGAUGGGGGUGGGAGAGUCGACAAGCAUCUUUUUUGUAUGUAUGUAUAUAUGCUGCAUGCUUGCUAGUUUCUGUUCCAUAUCAACGAACUGCGUUUUUGGUUUAAUCUAAUAUAAAAUUAACGGACUCGCGCAUUUGUAUGUUUA